GUUGCUGCUGCUGCUGGUUGUGUGUCUGCGUCGCGCCGAGUGAGGAUGUGGGCGUCGCGGCUGAGGGCGCUGAGGGCAGCGGGGCUCUUCCAAGGGAGAAGGGCUUCGGGCCUCGCCCGGGAACAAGGUAAAAGCAAUGUUGAGGAAUCUGAACUCCGGCCAUUGUACAUGGAUGUCCAAGCAACUACUUCUAUGGAUCCCAGGGUUUUGGACAGCAUGCUGCCUUAUCUUGUGCAUUUCUAUGGCAACCCACACUCUAGAACCCAUGCUUAUGGCUGGGAAAGUGAAUCUGCCAUGGAAAAAGCCAGAAAGCAAGUUGCAUCACUAAUAGGAGCAGAUCCUCGAGAGAUUAUUUUUACCAGUGGGGCAACAGAAUCCAACAAUAUAGCAAUUAAGGGUGUUGCAAGAUUCUAUAAAUCCAGAAAGAAACAUAUAAUUACAGCACAAACUGAACACAAAUGUGUGCUGGAUUCUUGUCGUGCCCUAGAAGCGGAGGGAUUUCGAGUUACAUACUUGCCUGUAAAGAAAAAUGGGAUUAUAGAUUUAAAGGACCUACAAAACGCAAUACAACCAGACACAGGCUUGGUUUCAGUAAUGACUGUGAAUAAUGAGAUAGGAGUGAUACAACCAAUUAGUGAUAUUGGUCAGAUCUGCAGUUCCCAUAAAGUUUUCCUACAUACAGAUGCUGCACAGGCAGUUGGGAAAAUUCCACUAGAUGUCAAUGAAAUGAAAAUUGAUCUAAUGAGCAUCAGUGGCCACAAAAUCUAUGGUCCCAAAGGGGUUGGUGCAAUUUAUGUUCGACGACGGCCAAGAGUAAGAGUGGAACCUAUACAGAGUGGAGGAGGCCAGGAGCGAGGAUUACGUUCUGGGACUGUGCCAACUCCUUUAGCAGUUGGUCUUGGGGCAGCUUGUGAAUUGGCUCAACAAGAGAUGGAGUAUGACCAUAAGCGAGUCAGCUUAUUGGCUGACAGGCUAGUUACAAAAAUAAUGGCAGAAAUUCCUGAUGUUGUCAUGAAUGGAGAUCCAGAGCUUCGAUAUCCAGGCUGCAUCAACUUAUCUUUUGCCUAUGUAGAAGGAGAGAGCCUACUGAUGGCACUUAAAGAUGUGGCACUAUCUUCUGGAAGUGCAUGUACAUCUGCAUCUUUAGAACCAUCAUAUGUGUUGCGUGCAAUUGGAGCAGAUGAAGAUUUGGCUCACUCAUCUAUAAGAUUUGGAAUUGGCCGUUUUACAACUGAAGAAGAAGUGGACUAUACAGUGAAAAAAUGCAUACAGCAUGUCAAGAGAUUAAGAGAGAUGAGCCCACUGUGGGAAAUGGUACAGGAUGGCAUUGAUUUGAAGAGCAUUAAAUGGACACAGCAUUAAACAAAGGCGAUGACUUAUAAACAUAGACUGCCUUGAUGUAGACUGAAUGUAUUAUGAACAUUCCUAAGAAACUAUGUGACACAUAAUAUGAACAACCUCUAUGUGACAGUGGAUUUGCCUUUUCUCAAAAGUCAAUCUGUUAACAUAUAACAUCAGACAUAGAUUAUACUGCAAAUAUACUGGGACACCUGUUUCCUUGGGCCAAAGAAAUUACUGUACUGUAAUUUGAAGGUGAUACUGGGGCAACCUAGAUGUCAAGUAACUGUCCUUCUGUGAGAAAUGUUUCUACUAUAGUUUCUCCCUAUACUGGUUUGCAUCUAUUUCACCAACAUCUAUUCUGUAGCAGAAACUUGUGUUUGUAUAUAUUAUACAUUCAGAAGUAAUCCUUUCAUAGAAUGUAGUCUUCCAUCUAAAAAGCUUGCAUCACAUUUUUGAUCAGUGGUAUGUGCUUGAAUGCACACAACAACAAUGUGCUGUAUAAUAAUGAAUACAGCUAUAUCAAGGUCAACUACUUCCUUAAUGGAGAUGACGUUUUUCAGUGAAAUUCUACUCAUUCUAAUGAUAUUAGUGUUCCACAUUCACAUCUCCUAAUUAUGUCUGACUCUGUUAUUACAAAGUAUUUUCUCAAACUUUAUGGAAUUUAGGUGAUGGUACAGUGUACUGUCACCAUUGCUUCCUUUAGUAUUUGUGGAAGAUAAAAGGCUGUUACUUGGGAAUAAGAUUAUGCUUGUAUGAAAAUGUCCUACGGUUGCUUUCGCUGAUUCAUAAUAAUUAAAUAUGUAAAGUGAAGCCACUGCUUUUCACUACAGGAAGCCUACCAAAGCAAGAUUAUGUUAACUGGUGAGACUAUCACUCAUGGUACUUGUAUGGGUAUAAUUUGUAUGGGAAGUUUUUGCAUUGGUAAUACUAUUUCUUACAAUACAUGGAGGAGUCUGUUUAAAAAUAGGCUGUUCUGUAGUAUCUUCCAUGCCUCCUUUAUUAUUUUGUAGCCUAGCUGUGUUGUACAUGCAGUUUCAAAGAAAAUAGAUUACCGAUUUAGCCACUGGCUGGAUCACUAGCAUCUUCUCAACAAAUCAAAAUUUGUUUGGGCAACAUACCCUCUUGCUUUAGUAUGAAUCCCAUAGUGCAUCAACAUUUUUUGACAUUGUACCUGCUUCCUUGGGGAAAAGCUCAUUAUAGAGCUCUGUUUAGGUAGAACUGUGCUUCACGGAGGAGAGAGCUUGACUUGCAUAGAUGUUUUAGACAUUCUGGAGCAUCAAAUAAUUGCAACAUACACAUCACUGGACUGUACAAUAAUUUGAAAAACAGCUUCAGAAUACUUAUUUGCUAUUUGUAUUGUGCCCUUAUAUGACGGAUCAUCUGAAACUGACUUUUGUUGUUUUAGAGAAAGUCUGUGUGAGAUGGGUGCAGCAGAGAGAAAGACACAUAUGUUUGCAGGGGAUGGAGGUGCCAACAAAAUAAAUUUAAAAGAAAACAGUUUAUACUGAAAGAAAAUGUUUUCCCAUUGUUACUGGAAAAAAUAAAAUAAAAAUGUAGAAAUAA